CUUGCUUUUUUGCUCACACUUUCUCUCUUCACAAAGACCAAAUACCUCAUUAAAAAUACUAAAGCUUUUUCAAAACUCAAUUUCUUUUCCAUUUUUCUCAACUGGGUUUUAAUUAUAAGGCUGCUUGGAUUAAUGGGUAAUCAAGUUUUCUGAGCUAAAAUGUCAAUAAGGUUGAAAAUGUUAUGUAUUGCUUUAAUAGGAAGAGUAGUCUUUUGAUGGGUCUUUGUUCUGAUUUUAUUGUGUUUGGUGUCUGUUGAGCUUUCAAAGUUGAAAUGUCAAGCUUCCACACCAAACGACUCUGAUACCAGUUCAGUUUCAGAAGCUGUAGAAGACAAUCUUCUGAAAACUGUACCAAAUGUUGGCUGAAAAAGAGGACUCGUCAUAUCCAUGUGAUAAGAGCAUGAGACUUCCCACAUGCAUUUUCUUCAAGGAUGCCAGAUUUGUGUUUAAAUUAGAUAAACUUGGUGUGGAAAUAGCUUCAAUUGCAUUACCAGCUGCACUGGCUUUGACAGCUGAUCCAAUUGCUUCUUUAGUGGACACAGCAUUCAUAGGCCAAAUCGGAUCAGUGGAGCUUGCUGCUGUUGGAGUUUCUAUUGCUUUGUUCAAUCAAGUGUCGCGAAUUGCGAUAUUCCCACUUGUCAGUGUCACAACCUCUUUUGUUGCUGAAGAAGACACCAUUGGAAGAGUGAAACCUCAACCACAACCACAGGAGGAGACUGAGAACCUUGAACAAGAACACCUGAUAGCAGAAAAUAGUACUGGUUACAAUGAAUCCAACUUAAAAUCAGAUCAUGAAAGCUUUGAUAUAGAGGCAGUCGAAAAUGGCAAAAGGCAUAUUCCAUCAGCCUCAUCAGCUAUGGUUAUUGGGGGUAUCCUAGGCCUCAUCCAAGCCAUAUUCCUCAUAUCUGGAGCUAAACCUCUGCUCAACUUCAUGGGAGUUGGUUCUGAUUCACCUAUGCUAAAGCCUGCACAGCUGUACUUGACACUGAGGUCGCUUGGUGCUCCUGCAGUUCUUCUUUCUCUAGCAAUGCAAGGCGUCUUCCGUGGAUUUAAGGACACGAAAACACCUUUAUAUGCCAUUGUUGUAGGAGAUGUGACAAAUAUAAUUUUGGAUCCGAUUUUUAUCUUUGUUCUUCGCCUUGGUGUUGGCGGUGCAGCCAUUGCCCAUGUCAUUUCUCAGUACUUAAUUUCAAUCAUACUGCUAUGGAGAUUGAUGAAUAAAGUUGAUCUGUUGCCCCCAAGUAUUAAACACCUUCAAUUUGGUAGAUUUCUCAAAAAUGGUUUUCUGUUAUUAAUGAGGGUAAUAGCUGUCACAUUCUGUGUAACUCUAGCUGCAUCACUGGCUGCGCGCCAAGGUUCCAUAUCCAUGGCGGCUUUUCAGGUCUGCCUUCAGGUUUGGUUGGCAACAUCUCUUCUUGCAGAUGGGCUGGCAGUUGCUGGGCAGGCAAUACUUGCAAGUUCAUUUGCAAACAAAGACUAUGACAAGGCGACCGCCACUGCAUCCAGAGUAUUGCAGUUGGGAUUGGUUCUGGGAUUGGUGCUUGCAAUAUUCCUUGGAGUGGGAAUGCAGUAUGGAGCCAGAUUAUUUACAAGUGAUGUAAAUGUUCUCCAUCUCAUCGGCAUAGGCAUUCCGUUUGUUGCAGCAACUCAACCCAUCAAUGCCUUGGCUUUUGUUUUUGAUGGUGUCAACUUUGGAGCAUCUGAUUUUGCAUAUUCAGCUUACUCCAUGGUUAUGGUGGCUGCUCUCAGCAUCUUAUGUCUGUUUGUUCUUUCUUCCACAAAUGGUUUUGUUGGAAUAUGGGUUGCUUUGACUAUCUACAUGAGUCUUAGAACAUUUGCUGGAUUUUGGAGGAUAGGAACAGGGACUGGACCUUGGAAAUUUUUACACUCCAGGACCUAAUAUAUAAAUAGAUAUAAUUAUAGGAGUGGGAGUUUGCAAUUUUUGAUUUUGUGGUAUUCUUUGCUUGGUAGUUGGGAAUUAUUACUCUUCUAUGCUUAUUUGUUUGUAUAUUUGAUUAAUAUACUCAUGUAAAAAAAAAAAAAAAAAGAUAAAGAUGUUCAUUCAUUAGUUGAAUAAUUAUUGAUAAAGUGGUGAUCUUGAUUGUGGUU